AUGUCUUCUACAGGCUCACGGCGACAUGGCCGAGUCUUGGGUCAUGCAGUGGCAGUAAACCCAGCAAAACCACCUUCGGUGAUGGUGCCUUCAGCAGCUGCAUUGUCGCCAUUGCCUCCAUCGUCUUUAACUCAAUCAACACCCACCGCAAUCCCCACACUGACAGUUUCGCCGUCAUCUCCAGGAAGAAUAGAUUCUCCACUUUCCUUAACAUCCGUGGACUCUUCGUCAUCUUCACUUACUUCUGAUGAACAAGUAAAUUCACCUUCUUUGGUAUGUCCCAUUUGUAAUGAAACAAUGGUGACGUUACUACAGUUAAACAGACACAUUGAUGACACGCAUUCCGAAAUUGAAAAAAAGGAUGAGGAUAUUCUCAAGUCGUGGUUUAAAAAAAAGGUCGAACAAGCGCGUCAACUCCCCUCGGUAUCACUUUUCAAUAACAAGUUUGCAAAAUUAGAUAUAUUUGACUCGGAAGAUAGUGGUACGUCGCCCCCAUUAUCUUCCUCUGAUGCACUUGGAACGUCACCGAAAAAAAGUGUAACUGCGCCCACAGCACCCCCUAUCCCUCGAUUCACAGUUACUAAGGAGCACUGGCAAAAACCGACUUCUUACGAUAAAUGUUCAGAUAUUGUUUGUGAUAAGGCAUUAAAUACUAGAAAUGGAUCAGUCAAUUGUAGGAAAUGUGGCAAAUUAUUUUGUACAGAGCAUACUCGAUACCAAAUGAAGUUGGAUAAAAAUGCGCAACAUGACCCUAUUAACGGCAUAUGGUCUCGAUGUUGCGAAACGUGCUUUAAGUCAAGGGAGGGUUACUUUGAUACAACUGGCUCAGUAGUUGAUAUUUCAAAAGAUUUUUUUGCCGCACGGCAAAAGAAGAUGGAUAUUCAAGAACUAGAAGUGAAUAAGCUUGAAAAACGAUUGGCCAAGCUCAUUUCUGCACUUACGGAUCCCAAGUUUUCAUCAAACGAUAAUAGCAGUGUGCUAACAUAUUCCAAGGCGAACCAACGACGGGAUGCAGAGAAAAGUGUCAUUAAAUGGCAAGCAGAUGCUGUGGUACACAAUUGUCCCAUUUGUGGGCAUCAUUUUGGAUACACAUUAAGGAAACAUCACUGUCGUUUGUGUGGCCGUGUCAUUUGUGCCAACCUUACAACUAACUGUUCACGGGAGGUUCCGAUUUCACUUUUAGUUGAGAAGCUUGAUAGUGAUGGUGGGGAUAUAAUGGAGAGCAUAUCGUUUUACAGGAAUGGGGGUAGUAAUGGGGACCAAUACAGUUCGCAGCAUUAUCAUCAUGGGAAGCACACGUCUGCUCAUGCGAUUCGGAUUCAAAUCAGUAGGGCCAAUGACAUUAGCAUACGAUUGUGUCAGGAAUGCAAAAACACGCUGUUCGCCCGACGAAACUUUGAAGCAGACCUACGGGCAAGUGCUAAGCCUGCAAUUGUAGGAGCAUACGAGGCUUUGAUGAGGAUUCGGCGAUCAAUUGAUGUGACACUGCCGCAGUUCCAGAGGCUGCUUGCUGAAGUGAAUGAUCUCAAAAAGGAGCCGAGUGAGGAUACGUUGUUGGAAGCAGGCAAGAUUCGGAAACGGUUGAUGGAUGGAUUUGUUCAGCUGGAUAAUGCCUCUCGACGGGUUCAAAAAGUGGGAACCACAACAGAAACAGAAGUGAGGUUAAAGAAGCAGAUUGUGGUUGAUAUCACGCAGUAUUUGCAGGACCACAUGAUUCCAUUAAAAGCACUUCCUCGAGUUUUAAAGAAGAAUAAUUCUAGUGAAAAUCAGGCGGCCGCAGUUGCUGAAACGAGUGCCACUUCUGGAGCAGGAGAAAUAGAACAGGGAGAAGAAGAAGAAGAAGAAGAAGAAGAAGAUGAUGAUGAUGAUGGUGGGGAAAAUUUGAGUGAACAUGAAGUGAAAGAACUUCAGGAGCAGUUGAUUAUUUUGGAGGAGCAGCGGUUUUUGGUAUCUAAAAUGAUUAGCGAAGCGAGUGCAAAACGGCGAUUUGACGAGAUUCAGCCGUUACAGCAGAGCGUUGAUGAUUUGGAGAGCGAGAUGACCAAGGUACGAACACGGUUAGGGAAGCGAAACCAGAUUAUUUAG